GUUCUGGGCUGUUCGUGGUGCUGCCGGUUACUACUAAUCCUGCCACCUGGGGAUCCCGAGCCGGGGCCCACCAUGCCCGUGGUGCUGGGGUUCGAAGGCAGCGCCAACAAGAUCGGCGUGGGCGUGGUGCGCGACGGCAAGGUGCUGGCGAACCCGCGGCGCACUUACGUCACGGCCCCGGGCACCGGAUUCCUUCCAGGUGACACAGCCAGGCACCAUCGAGCUGUUAUCCUAGACCUACUGCAAGAGGCACUAACAGAAGCUGGGUUAACCUCCCAGGACAUUGAUUGCGUUGCUUACACCAAAGGCCCUGGUAUGGGAGCUCCAUUGGCUUCUGUAGCUGUCGUUGCCCGUACCGUGGCCCAGUUGUGGAAUAAGCCUUUGGUAGGUGUGAACCACUGCAUAGGCCACAUUGAAAUGGGCCGCCUCAUCACUGGAGCCGUUAGCCCAACUGUUUUGUAUGUCAGCGGAGGAAAUACUCAGGUGAUUUCUUACUCAGAACAUCGUUACCGCAUCUUUGGAGAAACUAUUGAUAUUGCUGUAGGAAACUGUCUGGAUCGUUUUGCUCGAGUGUUGAAGAUUUCCAAUGACCCAAGUCCAGGCUACAACAUUGAGCAGAUGGCAAAGCGAGGCAAGAAGCUAGUUGAGCUGCCAUACACUGUAAAGGGGAUGGAUGUCUCAUUCUCAGGGAUUCUGUCUUUCAUUGAGGAUGUAGCACAGAGAAUGCUGGCCACAGGAGAGUGUACUCCUGAAGACCUGUGUUUCUCCUUACAGGAAACUGUGUUUGCUAUGCUGGUGGAGAUCACAGAGCGAGCCAUGGCACACUGUGGCUCCAAGGAAGCCCUCAUCGUAGGAGGAGUUGGAUGUAACACGAGACUGCAGGAGAUGAUGGCAGCAAUGUGCCAGGAGCGGGGAGCCCAGCUCUUUGCGACAGAUGAGAGAUUCUGCAUUGACAAUGGAGCCAUGAUAGCCCAAGCAGGUUGGGAAAUGUUUCAAGCUGGACAUAGGACCCCUCUCAGAGAGUCUGGAAUUACACAGAGGUAUAGGACAGAUGAAGUAGAAGUGACGUGGAGGGACUAACAUCAGCAGGGACAGAAUAGCUGCCAAGUGGCGUGCUGAUGUGGGGUGGACUUGGAGAUGCUAUCUAUGGACUCUUAUCUUCUCUGGCAAGUGUGUGGACCCCAUACAAGGCUUAGGGUUCCUGUGGAACACCAAGAUGACUCUGCAAUAAAGAAAUUGUUUUUAUAUGUUGAUAA